GGACAAAAGCUUCCGCCCCUGUCAGCGCCCCGCGGGCUUUGCUCUGGUGUGCUGCGGUUGCACUUUAGUUCGGCGCUGUUCCGAGGAGGCAUCGCGGCGGAUGUUGCCUGACUUGCUGAGUUCCUCCAGCACUUUGUGUGUAUUCCUCAAGAUUUCCAGCAUCUGCAGAAUCUCUUGUGUUCUUGAAGGUCUGAAUUGCUGUAUUGUGUAAGACUGUAUUGAACAAGCCAGGAGAGUACGAAGAUUGAUAUGGGUGACUCCAAAUCAGCAGUGGCAUGGUAAUGUAGUGGAUAAUGCAAUGCUAUUACAGCAUCAGCAACCUUGGUUCAAUCACCAUUGCUGUCUGUGAGGAGUUGGUAUGUUUUCUCCAUGACCAUGUGCAUUUCCUCCACCUGCUCCAGUUUCUUCCGGCAUUCCAAGGAAAUGCAGGAGACAGGCAAUAAUUCAUGUUGAGCCUGAAACUAAAUCCGGGGUAAAGACAGCCAGCAACACCCUACUGUGAUAUUGAGAAUAAUUAAUGGAAGAAUCAACGUGGUUUGACGAACACUGUGAAGUUCUUUAUCUUUUCGUCAUAAUGGCAUCUGGUGAACUGAAACUAUUAAGUGUUUUCAGUAGGCUUUUGCUGCUUUACAAACCAUAGUUUGCUCUGACUUAAUUGUUGCAUUAAACUACUCAGUAGCCUGUUCUUGAUCAAUAGUUAUCCUUUAAGCUUUGCCUUGCCUGCAUGAAGCCUGAUGGGCGCCCAACUUCACUGGAAAUUGCUGCCUUCAACUUCAAGCAGAUAGGCUAUAGGUUUAAUGCCAAUGAAACAGAACUGGCGUCAGCCCUUGAAAAUUCAUCAGCUUCCAAAAAGGACCUCACUGGGAAUGGACUACAACUCCAUUUCAGAGCAGAGAUAAACCACGACUAAGAUUAAUUUGUACUGAAGCACUGUUAAAUCAUCUGAAUUCUAGUUGGCUGAAAACUCUUUUAUUCAUCAUACUGCCCAACCAGUGAGAACAGGCGUUAAAUCUCCAUUCGACUCAUCUACUGUUGUUAACUUGGAGGAAACAGAAUUGGACCCACUGCAUUGUGUACCUUAAAUUUCUCCAUGGAUAUCUUGAAGCUAGAUAGACUGGAAUGAUCUUUACAAUAGUGUGCCAUAAUUCUUGAAGUAAUGCCUCGCCGAAGCCUUCUGAUCAAAGUUUGGACGAGGCGUCUGCUGCUUGGCCUCGCUCUAUUCUUCAGUCUCAUCUCCCUACUAUACCUGUUGGAAUGCACCCCUCGGCCAGAUAACGAUGCACUCCUCCUCGGUGUUCCAGGCAAACAGUAUGGUAAAGAGUACUAUCAGGCUCUCCUUCAGGAACAGGAGGAACAUUACCUGACUCGUGCCGCAAGCCUUAAACGGCAGAUCACCCAGCUGAAGAAGGAGCUGCAGGAAAUGAGUGAGAAGCUGAAAAACGUACAAGAGAAAAAGGGUCCAUCUCAAAACGUGGGAGGAGCACAGAGCAGCAAAGAGAACCUGCCCAACGAUCUGCUGGAAUUCCUGCACUCUCAGAUUGACAAGGCUGAGGUUAGCAUGGGUGCCCGGGUGCCCAGUGAGUAUGCUGUGGUGCCUUUUGAAAGCUUUACUUUGAAUAAAGUGUACCAGCUGGAGAUGGGCCUGACCCGGCACCCUGAGGAGAAAGUGGUGAGGAAAGAUCGCAGGGAUGACUUUGCUGAGGCCAUUGAAGCUGGCCUGGAGGUGCUAAAUAACCCUGAGGAAGAGGAAGCUAAUGAUGAUGAUGAUGAACAGGAUAGUCGAACACAGAAGCAUAUCUACAGCGAGAAUGAUUUUGUAGAAGGCUACUAUCGCACAGAAAGGGACAAGGGCACCUUGUAUGAAUUAUUCUACAAAAAAGAAUUCCUAGAUGACUUUCAACACGUCACACUCUUCCGGCCAUUUGGCCCCCUUAUGAAGGUCAAAAGUGAAGUGAUUGACAUCUCGCACCAGAUCAUCAAUAUAAUCGUGCCGCUUGCAGGCCGCACGGAGGCUUUUGCUCAGUUCAUGCAGAACUUCAGGGACGUAUGCAUUCAGCAGGACAGACAGAUUUACCUAACGGUCGUCUACUUUGGCCAGGAAGGAUUAGAAGAAGUGAGGAGGAUCCUGGAAGUGACGACCAGUGAAACUAAUUUUCACAACUACACCCUGGUUUCAUUGGAUGAUGAAUUUUCACGUGGCCGAGGCCUCGAUAUGGGAGCACGCACCUGGGACAAAGGCGAAGUGCUGAUGUUCUUCUGCGAUGUGGAUAUUUAUAUCUCUCCUGAGUUUCUUAAUAGUUGCAGGAUAAAUACAGAGCCUGGCAAAAAGGUUUUCUACCCUGUCGUUUUCAGCUUGUAUAACCCUGCCAUUGUCUAUGCCAACUUGGAUGGUACUCCAACCAUUGAACAGCAGCUGGUACAUAAGAAAGAUUCUGGGUUCUGGCGAGAUUUUGGAUUUGGAAUGACUUGUCAAUAUCGCUCUGAUUUCCUCACAAUUGGUGGUUUUGACCUGGAUGUGAAAGGCUGGGGAGGAGAGGACGUCCACUUGUACAGGAGGUACCUUCACAGUGACUUGAUCGUGGUGAGGACGCCGGUCUCCAGCCUCUUCCACCUGUGGCACGAGAAGCACUGUGCAGAUGAGCUGACUCCAGAGCAGUAUCGGAUGUGUAUUCAGUCGAAAGCCAUGAACGAGGCUUCACAGGCUCACCUGGGAAUGCUGGUGUUCCACGAGGAGAUUGAGGCCCACCUCCGCAAGCAAGCCUACAGAACAGACGGUGACAUUCCUGAUUGAACUCAAGCUCCAGCACCCUGCCUUUGAAAGCUCUGUAAUUUGUGGUCUUUAGACCAGGACCAGUUAUGUUUCCUAAUGGGACCACUGGUGUCAAAAUGACAGACCAACUUUGCACUGUUUCAGUGUUUGCUGAAUGGCACCAACUGGAUGAACAGUUUACACAUCUAAUGGCUUAGCUCCAAUGCAUUGAGUCUGUCAGAUACCCAGGAGUUUCUGCAAUUGGGGAAAACAACUGUGUCACUUCUGUAUGCCCUCUCGACAGCUUUCACCUAGUCUGUCUCUAAGCAGCAUGCUAGUACUGUAGUUCCAGAGCAAUAGGCUGCAUGGGUCCAAGAAAGAUAAUGUUUUAGUUGAAUUAUCAGAAUAAUAGCUAGCCAUGGAACAGUAUAAUUCAGGACCAUGGCUCUACCCUUUCAAAGGUGCCUCUUUGUUUCUAUAGGACAACAUGCAAGGUCAGGUUGAAGGUCAGUCAGGAUCCAGGAACUGUUGUUGAGUGUAACUACAUGCAAACUUGGCUCAUUUAAAUGUAAUUUUGAUUUUGAGUCAGAAGGCACUGUGUUCAAGUUCAGUUGGAGAGUAUCCAGCCAAGAUGGGAUGUUCAACUGAGGAUUCGUCACACAUUGAGCUAGAUGUUAUAGAAAAGAUCCCAUGGAUCAGAUGAGCAGAGACAUUUUCUCAUUGUUCUGUCCAGUGUCUCCUCUCCAACCAUUACAACCAACAAAUCAGUCAAGACAUCUCCACUUAGGUGUCUUUUCCAACAAUGCUUUUUUUCCCAUAUCAUGUAAGGAAAAACUCGGUAUAAUCAGUGGGUCGUCAGGAUCAAAAUAGAAGAAAAUAGAAUUGUGAAUAAGAGUUUUUUUUUGUAGAUAUCUUAAGUAUUGAAUGGCACGCACUUUGAGUUGUCUUUUAGAUACGAAGUGUUAGUUGUUACGUAUGUUUUUUUUCUCCCUGAAUAUUUUCUGUCCCAUUAAAAUUUUGGGAUCGUACACGCCAACACAUUUCGAAGCUAUGUGGCAACAGCAAAGGAAGUGCAGUAAACAUAAAAUAAAGUGACCCAGAAUUGUGUUAUAGUGAACGUUUCAACAAACAAUCUGAGCUGUGGAAUGUUGGAAUAUUAAUUAUAUUUUCAGCCACUUCUCUUAAUUCAUUUGAGGGGGUAGAGAUGAGUGUAUGUGUAGAUGUGGGAAGGUGCAACAGAAAAUCAUUCUGUCAUUGCAGUUAACCAGAUCUUGCAUUGUUUUUGUUUAUUUCUAAAUUGAGGGAUCUUCCAUUUCAAACCAUCAAGAAAGCUACCAAUCAUAUUUCUAUAAGUACGUAUACACACACACACACACACACACACACACACACACACGCACGCAUACGUGCACAAAA